UCACUCUGUGUUACGACUUUUUAUGAUUUAGAGAGCAGGAAACGAUGUGGAAGAGUAAUUUUGCGCGCACUCCUAAACCGCACUGCAAAAACAACGAGUGUGCGCCGUGUGCGGUCAAGGUGAUUCACGCAGCUUUGUCAACUUUCCUCAAAGAGCUGCAAUUUCGGCUUUAGAGUAAAAUUGCGAUUUUUAUCCUGCGGUUGACCAUGUUUCGCGCGACAAUUUCUCCGAGAGAAAUUUUUCUCACACAUUUUAGCCACCUCCCGCAGCUGGGGUGCACGGUUCAGUGAGAAAAGGCGGCCUUUGAAUAUUGCCGGCCUCUGUGCAGAAGCGGGGACCGAAUUUUGCUCUGGGAAGCAGAACCACACUUUCGGUUUCGCGUCACAACAUAGCACGCACCACUCUUUCUUGUAUAAUCGGAGGGAAGACUGUGAAGUAAUUCCUUUCAGUUAAACACUUGCUAGUGGAGAACACACUAAUCGUUCUUGUCGACGGUAUAGUGAGUAGUUGCAAGAUGACGAGUGAGAAAGGUCAGAGAGCGACAGGAGUGCAGUGGCAGGUGGCCUUGUCUGAACUGCUGGUGUCUCUUCUGUCUAUCGAACUGCACUUGCUGGCGAUUAGCAACUCUCUCCGCUGGUUCUUAUACUCAGUUUUGCAAAUUCCGAAAGACCUAAUGGAGAACCUGUGGCAAUACUCAUUGGAAAAAUACUCAACUCCUCAGGACCAGAUGAUCUUUCUAGUCACAGGCACAAUUUUAGUGUCGCUGGUCGUCUAUUGGCUGUGGGGCAGCUUUUACAUCCUGCUUGACCUGACAGGGUGGCUCUCAAGUUACAACGUUCAGCCAGGAACAAACCAGCCCCUGAACCGCAAAAGACUAGCAAACACAAUCCUGCAGGUGCUGAUCAACCAGACUGUCGUUUCCUUCCCAGCCGCUGUUGCCGCUUUCUACCUGGCUGAUUAUACGGGCAAUCUCUUGACAUUUGACCAACUGAAAAGGGUGCCGCCCUUUUCUCAAGUGCUCAUUGAGUUUCCUUUGCUCGUACUCUGCCACGAAUUUGCAUUUUACUAUAGCCACAGGCUUCUUCACCACGGUUUGCUGUACAAAAUGAUCCACAAGCGUCAUCAUCAAUGGACAGCACCGAUUGCAGUGAUUGCCAUCGACUGCCACCCCGUGGAGCACGUUCUCGCUAACGUGGGCCCCGUACUUGUGGGCCCGGCCAUCGUGGGCUCCCACCCUCUAACGGCCUGGUUUUGGUUCUCCUACGUCACCUUCCAGACCCUGAAUGGCCACUCAGGGUACCACUGGCCGUGGUUCCAAUCUCCCGAGUUCCACGAUUAUCACCAUUUGAAGUUCAACCAGAACUAUGGCUCAAUUGGCUUUUUGGAUUACCUGCACGGAACGGACGCCAAGUGGAGAAAAAGUGUGCAGUUUAAGAGACAUUUUGUGAUUAAUGGAUUAAAACCGGCGACCCAAAUCGUGCCAGUAAAAGGGUCACAAAUUAUUGUCGAAUAAAGAAACGACAAAAAAUCAAUAAAAUGCAUGCAUAUACCUGAGCUUAUGUAUUUCCUAU